UCCUGUGAUGGAGGAAAUAUUUGUCCUUUUACCACAGAUGUUCUGUCAGUGUGGAAAACCCUUUUUCACCUGGUGCUCAGGUGGGACCGCUUCACUGUGCUGGAAUAAAAACAACAGACGUCACGCUGGACGCUAACUCUCCCGUCGUCUGUGUUUCAGAGAUCCUCUCGUCCAAUCAGAGGGCGUCACGGCUCGCUGGCCCCCUCCUGAGUCGUGGUCGAGGGCUCCUGGUUCCGCCGAGAUGGACAGACGAGGACGGAGAAGAGGAGGAGGAGGAGGAGGGAUGAAGGCGAGUUCUGUCGGUCGUCCUCACGGUGACUCAGCAGGUCUGCAGGUUUAUAAAGAGGCGGCGGCGCUCAGUCCGUCACCACAGAGAGAGAAUGGCCUGGCUGCUCCACAUCGCCUGCUUCCUGGUCUGCUGCCCGGAGCUGCUGCAGGGAAAAGCUUCAGAGUACCAGCUGGAGUCGGAGACCCUGAGCCGAUGUGAGUCGCUAAGGGGCGUGGCUGUUGCAAAGCAACAGGGUGACGUUCCUCACUGCACGGAGGAUGGCAGGUUCAGACCUGUGCAGUGCAGUGGGCGGGGUCAGGAGUGUUGGUGCGUGGAUGCUGAAGGUCAGGAGGUCGUCGGGACUCGAACCAGCGGCUCUGCUCCUCCUCAAU